CGUAAAUCCAAUAGGAUUUUAAUUUUUAUUGCGUUUAAUUUUGAAGUUGUUUCUAUUAGUAUUUUGGUUAUUAUUACUACAAGAAAAUUGUUUGAGAUGAUUGAAGUUUUGCAGAUAUAAAUGAAAAGACUUUUAAUCGUGUAAUAAGUGAUAACGAUCAGAAAAUGGACAUGAAGGACAGCGACUCUGACGUGUCCGAUGGCUGGUCGAUGGUGGACGCAGCUGUCCCGAGCGAAAGUGGCUCUGCAAAGGACGUCUCCGAUAACGAGAGCGUCAACUGCAAUGCCAGCGACGGUGAGUCGCUGGAAAUUAUUCAGGAAGAAGAUGACGAACGAAAGCAGUUUAUUGAAAGUGUUCCAGAUGUUGAUAAUGAUUGCUUCUCUGUAAUAAGUAAUUGCAGCAGUAUGGUAAUGGAAAAUGCUGCUGCAGAUAGCAUUGAGUGGAAUACAAGCAAGUUACAAACGUAUGUGCACCGUCGUAAUGGCCUCCUCAAUGCUAGACUUAAUUUCAUCGUCGUGGUUGCAGUAGCAGCUGUAGCAGGCUUGGGGAUCGGCCACUUCAUUGGAUCUCAAGAGAACUGCCCAUCAUUACCUAAUAACAUGCCAGAUAUUCCUCUGGUUCCUAUCGAUCGCACCUUCCCAAAGAACUCCAAACUUGACCUAAGUUCAUAUCAUGAACCUUUAAUAAGUAAUUUUUUGAAAGCCAAAGGUAUAGUUCAUACUCAAAACAAUGACAAAAUGCUUAAAGAUAGUGUUCUUAGUAAAGAUCAUAAAGUUUCUGAAGAAGAAUGUUUUAGUGACCAGAAACCUAUAAAUAACUUUUGUAACCAAAACCAUAACAAUGAUGAUUCAAAAACAGAUACCAGGAAGAAGGUUGAAAUGUCUUGUGAUGAUUCUGAAAAAAGAAUUUGUAUUGAAAGAAGUGGGGGUGAAGCAGUAGCAAGGGAAUGUGAAAACAGCAUGGAACAUACCCAUUUAGAAGGAGCUACAACAUUACUGCAAGAAAAAUUGUUACACCAAGAUUCUAAAGGUAGUGUUAUGAGUGAAGUUGUGAAUUUAGAAAAUGUGGUUCAAAACAUAAUUAUUAAUGCUGAUUCAUAUAGUGAUACUGAAGAAGGGCAAAAAGAUGGUGUUAAAUUUGAUUUCAAAGAUCGUGGAGGAGAAAAAACAGAGUUGAAACACACUGACGACCAAAAUUUGUAUGGAAAAUUUUCAGAAGAAGAUUCAGAUGGAACUCCUAUGGCUGUAGUUUUAAGCCAAGAUACAAGUAUGCCACAAGAAGAAUUAUUACUCCAAAAAUGGCAAGACAGAGUUUCUGCGAAAGAAGACACACAGAAAAAUGUCUUGGACAAAACCAGCAAGACAGUAGUUAUAGUGAAAGAUGCUUUGGAUGACAGUUUCAUCCAAGUUGAUUCAGAUUAUGAAACUACUGUGGGUAGUGAUGAAAUAACUGAUCCAGAUUGUGAUGAUUUGAAUGUUAGAAGAGAGGAGGAGGUAUUGCAGCAGUUUGUUGGUGAGAGUGAUGCUCAUUUUACUGUUCAUCACGGUGAAGCGACUGCAGAAUCAGAAAAUAAAAUUCCUGAUCAAUUACCUUGGCUGAAAAGAUUUUAUGACACUUUUCAGCAUUUAUAUAGCCAGGGAGAUAAAAAAUUAUUUUCAGUUGUGGAUUUGCUAACCAGUUUGAAGCAAAGUAUAGUAGAGUUGGACGAAACUAUUGUCACUAAUGAGUCACCAAAGUUUUUGAAAAAUAUGAAAAUGUCUGUCAACAAAAUGAAAGAAACUAUGGAACGUAUACAGAAAGAUGUAAGUUUUUGGAGCAUGAAGACUACAGAGAAAAUACAUCAUCGACUGUUGAAACUGAAGUCGAAAGUACAGGAAAAGUGGUGUGCUUUGAAGGAUCAGUACCAACAUCAAAACACAGAUAUGUUUGGUUGGCUUAACAAUAAUCUCUUUCAAGGCUGCAGAAAAGAUGAAAACAUACACAGUAUCAAAUUUUCAAGUGAAAACAUGGGUCCCACUAUUCUUGGAAGUGUAAACAGUGUGGAACAGACACAUCCAAGUUUGGGAAAGACCAGAGAAAAGAAACAGACCCAAAUUAAAUUUGACAAGGGUGAUGAUGGUAAUUACGAAGCCACACGUGAGAAAAGUGAAGGAAGUGCUCUUGACAAUAAAUUUGAAGGCAAGGGUUUGGGUCCGGAUAGUUACGGGUAUGCUACGGAUACGCCCGAGUCGGCAACCCGUGAUUUUCGGAAGGGCUCGAAAGGAGCGUUCGAUAAACUCCGGCACCACAGCACGAAAUGUUCCCCGCAUUGCAAACUGGAAAGCGAGAAAGGGCACCGCGAGGAUCCGGCUGAAAAGUGGACGCUGGCCAGGAAGGUGGCAGCUGGUUGGAAAGACAGCAGCAACGUGUCUGGGAUUUGGAUGCUGAGGAUGUCGCAGGGACGUGCGGAGUCGCGCAGGAACGGCCAGAAGAGCGACUGGCUGUUUGAGCGCGCCAGGGCUCGCAAGCUGAGGAGGGACACGGACCACGAGCGCACCGGCUGGUUCUUCGAGAGAGCACAGAGGCGCGAUAACUGCCGGUUGAACCCCCAGUCGGACUGGUGUCUCGGCAUGAAGCGUUCGGAGCAGGGCCAGAACAAGUACAGCUACGAUCAUUUUGACAAUGACGACGACGAAGACGAAGACGAGGAGGAUGAUGACAACAAGCAGCAUGAGUAUUUCAGACCAAAGUUUUGGUCGAAAAAAAUUCCAUCUGCUCCAUUUGCCAAGACGGGAAAGUGGCUGAAGAAUACUGUCAAAGAAUUUAAGCAGAAGAUGAAUUACUAUCAGUACAAUCAACAUAAAUUUCACUAUGUCUGAAUGGUGUUAAUUUAGUAGUAGCUUCUUACCUGACAGAAUUUGUAUUCAAGGUGUAUCAUGCUGGGAGAAUGUCCUCCCCUAAGGCUUGUUACCAAAAUGGGAUUGCACACAAAUGUUUUGGGAGGAUGUGCACGCUUUUAGGGAUAUUUUUACAUCAGCGGGAAUUGUGGUGUUGUAAAAGUCACAAAAUGCAUACAAUUUUGUCGUUUUAAAUUAACGUCCACUUUCCUUAAAUUGAAAACUACCAUAUGUAUUGCUCUUUUCUAAAUAUUCAGAAUAAUCACAUGCUUAUCGCUGACACUGUCAGAUUCUAAACAAAUAUUUUCACUUAUGCCUGGAGUUGGUGCUAAAUCAUUUAGAGAAUGGCUUUAGAUUUUCAUCUUCUAAGAUGUGACUUAACAUGCAAACAAGUGUAGAGCUGUGUCUUUUUUUGAAUCCAUGAGGCUGUUUGUAUAAAACUUAAGUGUAAAUUUUUUCCUGAUCUGGAAAUCUAUUCGCUUACUUUUUAAGGUGACUAUCUCUGCAUUAAUUGUCAGUAGCCAUGCUACUGUUAAAUAUUUUCAGAGCAAUUCACUUUACAUUGUCAAUUUAUCACACAACUUACUGUCCUCAAAAUGACUGGGAUGGAGGUGGGAUUAACUUGCCACUAGCUUGCCAAAACAGCUCUCUUUUACUUGUGAUUUGUUAACAACGUUGCUUAGAGAAUACCCAAAUCGGGAUGGUGUUAAGAGAAGCUGGGAGAUAGGGCUGGUGGUGUUAAUUGGCACCCCUGGUGCGAGCUUAUUAGAAUUUAUUCUGGCAGGUAAGAUGGUUUUUUUCCCCAGUAUUACUGCUACUGUCAACUUUGUUUGGAUUCUAAAUAAAAUUGGUUUGAUUGGUUUAAAGGUGGUUUGUAAUGCCAUACCCAUAGUACCUGAUGCAAUAUUUAAAAAUUUUUGUUUCUUGAUUGGCUGAAAGAAUAGUUUACUCAUCAUGAUAAAAAGAAUCUCACAGGGAACAACUCAUAAAAUAUGCGUACACCAAUCCCUCGCAUAGCACGUCUUCAAUUAAUGCGAAUUCAGUUAGCACGAUGUAAAUUUUACUGCCCUAGUCUCGAAUAGCACGUCUGUAAAUUUCAGUUAGCACGAAAUCGCCACAGGCUAAAAAAAAUCUCGGAAACGACGCGACGUCAGGUAUGGAAUUCGAGGGGGGAAGAGUGGUUUGGAAUGCGAGGGGAAAGAGAUGCGCACGCAGAUAAACAAACACCGGGCCGUACUGUUGAUGCCCGGCCGCAGACCAGGCCCUACCGUUGAUGCCCGGCUGCAGACCAGGCCGUACCGUACAGAAACCAAAGCAGAUGAAAUUGGACACGUUUUUAAAAAAAAAGCAAGAUGAUAGUGUUAAUUUCACCCCAGAAAAUAUUUAACUAACUUUUAUGUUUUGUAUAUGUACAUAUUGUACAUACAGUAAACUCCCGGUAUAUCGCGCCCCGAUUGAUCGCAGAAUCGGGUAUAUCGCGGGUCAAACCAUGUCCCCCAGUCAGAAAUGAAUAAUAAUAAUGGAAUAAAUGGUUGACAGCCGAUUAGGAUAAUUUUGCGUUGUAACUAACAAACUAAGCAUCGGGCAGAAAAAAGCCUAGGCGUAGAAAAUGUCCGCAGUAAAAUUCUAAACAAGAUAUCUCCGUACAUUAUUCCUCUAUCUUGUAGGGUUUUCAAAUUAUGGUCCAAUCCAGCCCAGUGAUAUUUUCUGAAACACUAGUUCUUAACGUCGCUUUAUCUCACAAAUGAAGCAUCGGACAGGGGACCUGAUAAAGCCCACCAUCCAGCGACAUUGUCCAGCGUGACUCGGCUAGGGAUUGAUGUUGGAUAGGCUUGGUUGUCGGCAAGCGCUGGGUAGGGAGAGGCUAGCCGAGAACAUGGAGAGAGGUAGAGAUUAGAGCGGGCAGAAACACCAGGGGGAGUGGGGGAGGGAAUGUGUUCACGCAGCACACAGGCAGAGCAUGAGUCACUUGACUGAGCAGCGUCGCUGCGUACAAGGCAAAAUCAGGUAGUCCGGUGUUUAAAAUUCCACUCCAGAAUCUUAAUUGGUACUUUACUGGACAUCUGUAUAUAAAUGUUUUGUUACAACUUAAACCUACAGACGUAAUAUUAUUGGGUAAUUCAUUGUAUUAUACAAGUUCAUCUUUUUACUUUGGUAUAAUGUUUUAACAUUAAAUAGUAAAGUAAAUCGGCUAGCGUAUUUUUAAUUUUUGCCCAGGAAUUCCCAGUGGUCCAAUAUUUACGUGAACCAUACUGUACCACUUUUGCCGUGAGGUAGUAAACAAGUCCUGGAAAUGUUUAUGUGUAGCGGUCUCCCGACCUUUAAACAGAGGCUGGGGAAUAUAACACUUGCCGAUCCGAGCCACACACACUCAGCAACUCGACACAGCGUUUGGUGAAAUAAGUUAAGACAAAGUUUAACACGGUUUUUAAUACGGCGUCACUGAUUGCGCUAAAAUUAAAUUGGCGCAAUUUUUGUUUCCCACAUGUGACCAUUUAUAAUUUGCUGUAAGCAUGGAUAAUAAAGUUUAACCACUUGACACGAUAGACGAUUCUUUAUUUUUUAUUGUACGAAUGCUAGAAUCGUUUUUUUCCUGUAUUUGCGGCCUGCUUCUACAAAAGACAAGCUAUCUGUAAGUAAAUCUAGAAUUUUUAUUUUGUCAAUCAAACUCGGUACUUUGCGAUUCAUAUUCGGUUUGAAGUAUCACUACGGCCUUUCUUUUUAGAAGACUUUGACCACAGAAUUGUGUGUAACCGCACACACUGCACUUACUUUGUUACGGACACUGACGAAGCAGAUACUGUGGCUAACACCACGAGACUGGCAGCAGCAGCUUGUGUGCCGCACAUGUGUAUGGCGGCGUGUGGCGCGCUCGUAGGCCGUGCGACAAACUGUGCGCGGCACACGGAAAAAUAAAAACAAUUCAACAUUUAAUAUUUAUCUUUAAAAUUUAUUAUUUUUAUUUUUUCACCCGUGUUUAGUGGAAACUGCGGAUGCAAAGUCCGCACAAAGGCGGGCCGUCUAUACUGUGCGUGCUUGCCGACCUAUUAGAACACAGGCGGUGUUUUAUGCCUUUUGACCUUGGUCACAUCGAAACAUCGCGGUUAUGCAACAACGCGGGUAAAAGUUAUGUCCCCCGACAACCGCGUUAAAUAGGGAGUGUAGGAGUGUACCCGUAUUUUAAUGUUAUGUUUGUGCUCUAGGGAAAAUCUAAAUCUGUUUAUCUGUUAACUGAUUUGUUUACAUAGCCGCUUUUAUAAGAGGUGUGCAUAACAAAUUAAAUGUUUACAUAUGGCUGUGUGUUUUAAAGUUAUAUAAAACCAGUUCUUAAUUUCAUAAAAGUGUUUUAAUUUUGUUAAGUUUUAAACGUAAUAACAAGGGAUCCAGCUGCUUGCAACAGCAGGCAGACAGACGCGCGCGCGUGUUGAAGGUCACGCCUGGGCGGGCAAGCCAACCUGCUGACUGACGGUAAAUAUGUUACCACUUAUCUCCCGUUACACUGUGCCAUGUUUUCUUUAUCUAACGUAUUCGGUGGUAGGCUUAAAAAGAUAAAUGAUAUGACAUAUGCAUUUUCAAGUAUUAUUCUGCGCAUUUAUAUUAUGUAAAGAUUACUUCCCUACACAUCUUGGAACACAUUAAAUAAUUUAGCCUUAUAUUUAUGGGGACUAAUGCUUCAGAAUACGCGAUUUCGAUUAACACGAACAUUUUUAGGAACGAAUUAGUCGUGCUAAGUGAGGGAUUGGUGUAAUAGAUUUAUAUCCAUCCAUCAGUUAUUCAAACCAUGCUGUUUAUGUUAUUUUGAUCACUCAUGUGUAAAAAUGAGUUAUCAUUAGAUAUAUGUGGCAUUUUUUUUUCUUUUUUUUUUUUCAAUUAAUACAGAAAGAAUCAACAAAUUUGGUGGACCGGUUCAAUAUUAAGUCAAGUUUAGCAAAGUGUAAGGCCAUUCAUCAUACUUAGCAGAAACUUCUAAUUAAGUGUGUGUUAACAUUAUAUCCUUGUGUGUUAUGUAAAUGUAUAUAUUAUUAAGAUAAAAAUUUGAAAAAUAUAUAUUUGUUAAACUUUAAAAUUUUAUUAAAAGCAAUGUUAAAAAGUUAUGAGAUUAAAUAAAAAUAAUUUUACAUUGGUAAUGAAUAAAAAUAAUCUAAUAUUGGUAAUUUAUUUUGAAAAAAGUAUCAAAUCACCUGGAUGAUGAAGUCGUCAAACAUCAAUAUCUGUGUGUGUAGCAUGUGGAACUUCUUUUAUGAUGAGUGCUUUAUUGGUUUAUUCCGAUAACGUUCAAAACAAUUUGUGUAUGAUGGUAAUUUUGUUGUAAUGGAAUAUUGGUUUAAUAAAGAUCGUAAGCUUUCGCGGCCAUUGUCUGAAGUUGCUUGGCUUCUGGGUUGUAGCCGCAUCCAAGGCGAAUAUAUCACAGAUGUUUUGGUUGACAUUGCAGUUGCCAUCAUCAGGGUAGAGUUACCUAUUCAACCCAGAAGCUAAGCAAUAAUUAUCGGUUUAGUUCAAAAAAUAUAGAUUAACCAUCUUUCGAAAUUACCAGCAAUGCUAAUGUGUGGACUAAAAUCUUUGAAUAUAUAUACUGUAUAGAAGUCGCCAGCCCAGGUUAAAAAUUCUAAUACGGUUUUGAGGUAGUUGGUUAAUUCACCGCCGCAAUCGCCACCAUCUCUAGGGCAUCGACUUGUGGUGGUCCCUAGCGGACAAGUGUCCAACUCUUCAAACACCCCUUCCCCCUCCCGUUGAACGACCUCAAGCUGCAGUGAAUGAUGGAUGAGGGGUGCGGGGAAUGACAGCGGGCGACAGUGCUGCGCUCUAACGUAUAAAUAACAACUAAGACGAUACAGGGCGUUACGGCAGCGCACUGCAGCGGUGAAGUUCCCAAGCUGCUCCUCAUACGCUUCUGAAAAACGUAGAGUAAAUCCUAUCCACUCGCGACUUCUAUACAGUAUAUAUAUUCAAAGCUAAAAUCAAGCAGAUUCAUACGUGUGGGUGAAUAACAAGGAAUGCUUAAUAUUUUUAUACUGCCAUGAAAUUAAGCAAAAUGACAACACAGAAAUAUUGUUAAAAGUAAUUUUUUUUGUAUUUUUCUUCCUGUUCUGUACAUAUGCUUAUGCAGAAGGAAAUGACUGUUACUUUGAUUUUAUGGCCUAGCAGUUUAUUUUAAUUGAUCGUUCACUAAAAAAAAAAACUUUAUGUACGACAGAAACUUGCCAAACAUUUUUAAGACGUUGGGAAUUUGUCUUCAGAUGAAAGUGUACACUGAAAUUACUUGAAAUGUUCACAACCUCAAUAAUAGUUAUGGAUUUAUGGCAGGGUUUACCUUGAUUUGUCAUCUUCAGUUAUUGGAGUUAUUUUUCAUGCACCUCCAUAAGGAGAUUGAUGCCAGGUAAAACAGUCAUGCAUCUGAUUGAGCUUCAAGUUAAUGUUAAGAUUAUAUUUAUGAGAUUGUCUCGUAUUUUUUUCAUCUUCACCCCUCAUAUUAUGGUUUUCUAAAUUUUUAUGGAACUUUCAACUUUCUUUUUGGUGCUGUCCCACAGAAUUGAAUUUUUGAUCAGGAAAUAGACUGGUGUGUUAAGCCUUUUUUUUAUGGUAAAAUAAAUAAAAUUAUCCUUCCACUUCUCAGCUAAAGCAAAGUUCCACAAGUAGUUACCAAAUUUGUAUCAUUUUUGCAGUAACAAAAGUAGAGCUUAUAUGAAUAUUACGUUGUGUGAUUUUUUCAGUUACAUUAUUUUUAAGUGUUGCUACUAGCAAUUGUAUCAAUACUUCCUAUUCUGUAUUGCAAGACAUUAAUAGUUUUUUUGCUACUGGUAGAUUAGAAUGCAGGUCAGUAAAUAUUUUUUUAAUUGCCAACUAUCAUAAAAAUACAUUUAGUAUUUGUAAUUACAUCAUCUAAUUUAAAAUAUGCUGUUGUGAUAAAUAUGUAAACUGACAAAAAAAAAUUAUCUUUAGAUGCAUGCAAAGUGAUAAAUAUGAGUGUCAGUUAAACGCGCAAUGCUGAAGUUUGAAAGACAAAUUUGUUCAGUCAUUUUGUCAUGUAUUCAUGUUUCAAGCAAUCACCUAAAAACCUGCUUGUGUGUUGAGAUUUGAUGUCUUUAGGGGUUGUAUUUACUUCCGAAUCAAUAUUCAUUAUGGUAAGUGGUAAAUCAGUUUUUAUUGGUUACAGCUUGAUAAAAGUGGUUUGUGGCAGUGGUGUAUUUUUUCUGUUUAUAUUCUUGUGGCUGGUGUUUGGUUGCCAAUCAGUAGGGACUGGAAAAAUUCGCGGUUUCAGUGACCACUAGGAUAGACUCCACAAUUCUCUAUGUACUCUGGCAACUAUCACCUGGUCAUUGGCUACCGACUCGGGACACCUGUUUACUGCGAUUCUUAUGAUUCGAUACUUAUUUUGUUGAGUGUUUGCCAUUGGCUCAGAGUCCUUCAGGCAAAUUGCGGUCCAAUCACUGACGCAGCAUUAAGCUAAACGAGUUUGGAUUCCAGCCUGUCUCGAAAGGAAUCCGCGAAUUUUUCCGGUCUCUACCAAUCAGGUAACCUUCCCCCCCCCCUUCCCCCCAAGGAAGUUAGAAGAGAAAUUAUUGCACUUGAAAUCCAAUCAGUCAGCACAUGUCAUACGUGUAUGGUAUGUGUGUGUCUAGCUGGAAAAUCUUUGGCAUCUGCCAUUGUAGAUGUGGGUGUUAAUAUUGGUUAAUUGACAAGUUGGUAGCUGUGCACAGCAAGCUGUCUACUGAUUCGUUCAUGUCCUGAGAAAAAGGUUGUUUUUGAAAAGUUUUUGAUCACUUCAAAUACAAGUUAGACUGUCAUAUUACCUUAAAUGAUUUCAAUCAUUUAUUUUAUGAUUAAUAAAGGAAAAUUUUGUUCAAAAAAGUUUACAAAGAAAAAAAAUGAAAUUAAUUUUCCAAGUGAUUAUUAGAUGAUCUGUACAGAAAGUAAAGCAUUAUUUUUCAAAUUGGCAUGCUCAUAAAUAUUUUUUAAAAACAUUACUUUCAGCUAUGUGUGUGAAUAAAUCAUAUAAAAAUGUGCUCUGAAUAAAUCAUAUAAAAACUAACUAUAAAUUUCAACAUAUCAAAAUUGGUUGCCUACCUCUAAUUUUCAUAAAUCCAAAGCAUGGUGUUUACUGUUGUUUAGUGUUAAACAAAUGUUUGUGUAGUAUGCUGAUCUGAGAAUUAUGUUAAAUUACUCUGACAUGGGUGAAUAGUGUUAUCUUAAUAUGUAUGUAGUAAAUUACUUUGCCAUAUUGAACAUUUGAAAUAUCAUUGUACUUCAAAUCAUAGGAACAUUUCCAUGACAACAUUCAUUCUUUGUUAAGAUUCUCUUGGCUUUCAGGCAUCUUAACUUUACCUUUUCAUGCUACAGAUGUCACAUGCUGUGAUAGGCCUUUAAAGCAAUUUAUUGAUGGUAGAGGUAAUAAGAUUAACAUUCGUAGUCUGUGUUUUCGGGAAUAUUUAUUUAGGUUUUCAUGCCAGAGUUGUAUUAGAGGUAGGGGUUGAUAAAAUCCAGCUCGGGCAUACCUGGAAAACUUUUGAUACCAACCAAUGAAUAAAAUCACUGCCCGUAAACUAGGAAUGAAAGAACGUGUUUACUCUCUGGUAUACACAUAUUCACAUCAGCAGCUUUAUCAUCUGAGUUUUGUGUGAUAUUUCCACCAACGAAACAGUUUCUAUGCAUGCAUUCAGGUCAAGGGCGUAGUCAGGGAGGGGCAUGGGCCCCCCUUCUGAAGCAACUCAUUAACCCGCUUAAAAUGAAUAAUGUAUGGCUCAAUUUAUGGCCACAUAAUAUGCAAAAUUAGAAUGUAUCAAGUAUUAGGACAUAAUCUUAAGCAUUGGUAUUGUAAGGACAACCUUUCAUAAGUGGUACUUUUUGUUUCAGAAUUCUGUGUUUUGAAUAAAGCACUUGAUGUUCCUCAGGUAGUCUAAAAAUAUGUUUUAAAGCAUCAACUAUAAAAAAAAUAAUUUUUUGUCCGAGGGGUAUUGUAUACUCGUCCAACCCCUUCUCAUCCCACAGAAAUGUCUUUAAAAAAAUUAUUUUUACAGCUUCCUUCGGGCUCUACCAAAAUUCCUGGCUACACCCAUGUUAUGGGUCACUAGGCUCAUGACAAUGCUAUUUAGAAAUGUGGCUCAUAGAUACUGAAAAUAGAUCCCAAGCAGAGCUUGUAAUGUUCAUUUUAGCAUGAACCUGCUAAAACAUCUCUAGUGCUUGAUAUUUUUUUUUUUGUGUGUGCGACUUGCAGAUAAUGGGCGUUAGGAAUAGAUUAUUUUGUAUUUACAGUCUGAAGAAAAUAAAGGUUUUUGAUUUGAUUAGUGAUCUUGAAUGUAUUGUCCAUCAUGUCAGGGCAUGGAAGUUCUUUAAUUAGUUUAUGAAGUGUUUAUAUCACAUUACUAUUAAGAAUGUUCCAAGUU